AUGGGCUGCCUAAUACUCGUCGUGUACGGUGCACAGCGACUCUGGGAACGCUUGGACGCCCGCCUGCGGAGACCGUUCCUGCUACUAACCAUCGUGCUGCUGGCCGCAGGCUGUCUCAAAACCAUCGCCCGGAACCAGGACUGGAGCUCGCGCGAAGCUUUACUGCGGUCGGGUCUGAAAACGCUACCGCACAACGCCAAAAUGCACUACAAUUUCGGCAAUUUCCUGCGGGACUCGUCCCGGCCCGAGCCGGCGAUUGCUCAUUAUCGGGAGGCGCUGCGGCUGUGGCCGACGUACGCCAGUGCGCACAACAACAUCGGCACGCUGAUGCCGCAGUUCGCCACGGCCGAGUAUCACUUCCGGGAGGCUAUCAAAUAUGCAUCCGAGCACAUUAACGCGCACUACAAUCUAGGCCAAUUAUAUAGAAAAUCGAAUCGUACGAGCGACGCGAUCCGGAUGCUGGAGCGCUGCAUUCAGCUGGAACCGCUCUUUACCGCGGCUUACCUGGAGCUGGUGAAGCUGUACGGUGGGCAGCCGGCAGCUGCCGGUCGGCUGCUGGCCCGCGUCGUCCGCCUCAACCCGUACAAUGCGGACCUGCGCCGGCAGUACGGCGACUGGCUGAUGGAGCAAAACAUGCUGCUGGAAGCGUUCAAACAAUACCAGGAAGGGAUCAAAAUAAUGGAAACUCAUCAAUUAUCCGUGAUUGGUGCCUGUCGCUGUCUACGCAAAAUGGGACAACAGUCGCGAUUACAUCAAAUGGUGCUGAGAAAGCAGACGGACCCACGGCCCCCGGCGGAACCGGCCGAAAUAAGCAUACGAAUACUGCGCACGCCACACUGCAACCGGUCGGAGCACAUUCCCAGCUCGCUGAAGGCCUGCAAACUGGCAGCAGCAUCGGCGUCCCCACCGCUGCCCACAGUGCGGCACCGGAACCGCCAUCCACCCACAACGGUAAGGGCAGUGGGAAAACGAAAAAAAUGGUCCAAAUCACGGCACAAACCGAAACGGCAGCAGCCCUCCGGUACGACCGCCCUCGAUCCGAACGGUGCCCCGCUAGCUGCCCCGCUGCUCGUGUCCAACCUGCUCGACAAGCUGUAA